CCACAGCGCUGGAUCCUUAACCCACUGAGCAAGGCCAAGGAUCCAACUUGCAUCCUCAUAGAUACCAGUCAGGUUCCUUUCCGCUGAGCCACAAGGGAAACUCCAACUUUGGUAUCUUCUAACUCCCUGGUACAUAAAUCAGAUGCAUAGAAAAACCCUACCCCCGCAUCCCCUCCCCUCAGAAAAAGACUGUUUACACAAAGGAUCCCCAAACUCCACGCCGCAUUUGCAGCGCACUGUCGCGCACACUAUUUCUCAUUUUAAGACCCAUGUUAGUAAAGAAACCAUGGGACCAGGGCCUAUUCACCAACUCUGAUCACAUUACCACUACUGGCUGCUUCGAACAAUUCCUGGUAAAUUUGGGAUGGGGGCGGGGCGAAAACUGCCCCGCCCUCGGAGUCCUGCAGACGACAUCAUCUGCUUUCUUAUCAGUCCUCUGCCAAAACCCCAGCGAAGUCGGUUCGCGGCCCGCGCUCCUCCCGGCGCAGGCGUGGCCGUCACAAGAGUGCCCCCGGCCCCAGGUAACCAUCGAGUGCAGCAGGCGGAUAGAAGGGCCCGAAUCCAGGGCCGCUCCGUCCCUCGCUUCCGGCAACGCCUCGCUGCUCCAGGAGUGCUGUAGCCGCGUAUGCAGUUUCCAUGGGGACUGAAGAUGGCGCCGCGAGGUGAGGUUCUGGAGGUAAACGGUUAUCUUCCACCCCCCUGGAAAUCCUCUUCUUUCUGAACGGGUGGUAUUAUGCUACCUAUUUCCUGCUGGAACUCUUCAUAUUUCUGUAUAAAGUAGAGCCCCACAGACUCUUGGAGUUAGGAGUAAAAGCCCAUAAUUACGAGCCUGCCUCUAACAGACAUAGCCGCACCAUGAGUUAACGGAUCCUGCCCGUAUCUCAGUCUCCUGCUACCAUAUCCAACAGCCAAUCUGGUCCUGGAUGUGGUGAUGCUCUUCCUUUAUCUUGGCAUUGAAGCAAUUCGACUGUUUUUUGGUACAAAGGGAAACCUCUGCCAGCGACAGAUGCCACUUGGUAUUAGUGUGGCCUUGACCUUCCCAUCUGCCGUGAUGGCCACCUAUUACCUGCUGCUGCAGACGUAUGUGCUCCGCCUGGAAGCCGUCAUGAACAGCAUCUUGCUCUUCUUCUGUGGCUCAGAGCUGCUGCUUGAGGUGCUCACCUUGACGGCUUUCUCCAGUAGGGACAGGAUUUGACGUGCAAAACUGUCAGCCAGCAGCCCUCACAGGCUGAGACCACACACACAUCUGGUACUUGAGCCACACCAGUGAGGAAUGCUGGGUCAAGUUGUCCUGGGAGAGGUGGCAGCUUUCCCUCAGCACAGACACUUGGGGAACAAACGGAGCCUAAGUCUGCUGGGCACCAUCUUCUAAACCAGGCCUAUCAGCCCAGGCCUCUUGUGCACUCCCGUAUAGGGAGGGGCGAGACCGAGCCUCUCCUGGCCCUUCUCAGAACCAGUUCCCUUCUGACCUCCAGGUCUCCUCUUUGAUCGUCGUGGCCAGAGCAUCUUGUGCAGACCGUGUAGGCUUCUUAGGUGGGACGUGAGCCACACCCCCGUGUGUGCUGUGCCUCACAUGUCCUGUAAACCAUGGAGCGCCUCAGGAGGGCCUGCUCCCGGAGGGAUGCAGAAGCCUCUCGUCCCAUUUCUCAGAGACUGAGCUCCAGGACUUUUUAGUAGCUCAUAGUGUUAUUUUUCUACUCUCAUCAUGAAACAAACAUUAUUUUAUAAUAAAUGUGUAUUUUCUGUUGUGGGGCUUGUCGUCUUUUCCUUAUGGCAUCUGUCCCUAGAAUCUCACCCGCUCCAAGAGAAGGUAGAGAGAGACUCUCCCAGCGGUUCAUCCUCAGCGCUGCCUCGUGCUCCAGUGUGGACACACAGGCAGCGAUGAGGGUGGCCUACUGGUUCUCUUCCCGCCGCUCCAGCGUCAGUUAAUCCCGACGGCCCUGCCAGCGCCUGUAUCCUGACUGCUUAUAUUCUUCACUUCUCCCUCAAAGCCAGCAUCUUGUCUCCCCUUCCUCUUGUAGAAAUUGUUGUCUUUCCAAGGUGAGGCGUGAGUAACUGGAAGAAGCAUGUUCUAAACUUACCAUUGUUUUCUGGUCAUUUGUUUUAGGACUUCAAGUUAACAUAAAAACAACACAUACUUUUGUUCUUCAAGCUGGAGAAAUGUUUCCCUAAAUGAGUGUAUCAUUCCCUUCUCCAAGUAACUAGCUUUAAAGCGGUUUCUCAUCCUGCAUAAUCGUGGCUUUUUUUUUUUUUUUUUUUUUUUUUUUUUUAAAAGCCCCAAGAAGCCACCAGGAAUCAUAACAGAAUCCACUUUAGGAACCCUUGAGCCAUAUGGCCCCUCUGGUGUCAGAUGAGUCCUAGAACAUCUGCUCUUACUCAAAAAGUAAUUGAACUUUAAGCACUUCAUGCUGGUUUUAACUGCUUAUUUCCUGUGAGCAGGUCAUCCUCAUCUAGUGUAGGCCUCCACUGUCCAAAGCGCUAAUGCCUCUUCUUGUUUCCUAUGUCCUUGCCCACCCCGCCCCAAACUGCCUUUAGGGUCCGUCCAGAUGGUAGUAGACAAGUCUCAUCAAGUGUGAAACGGUAAAAAAGCCAGUAGGAACCUCCCUGACAUUUCAAUCACAUAUCCCACUAAUACCUUGAUUUUCUGAGUCACUGCUUUUUUGUCUAGCCCUGCUUUGAGGAAAUCACUGGCAUCAAACUGAGGAAAUCAUUCUUCAUGGCUGUUUCAUUUAGAGUUUCAUGGCUUAAGGUGACCCUCCCAGCAACACCGAAAAAUGAAUGGAAGUUCAGUUGGAAGUUUAGAGACAACUGAACUUGUCUCUAAAUUGUCUCUAAGUUGAAAGCUUAUAAUUCAAAAAGGCUCUAGAGAUCAAUUUAACCUAAUCCCCCACUGGGCAAGUUUAGUGAUGAGGAAGUAACACAGCCAAGCAUCGCACAACUGGUUAUGCACUGCUUGGAAACUUGUGUCUCAACCUGGAUCAAGUAAAUUGCACUCCUUAAGGGCACCACAUGAGGAUGAGAAUGGUUGAAAUGGGAUAGGAUUAGAACAGGAAGUCCUCUCAUUUUCUUCAUGGUUAUUUGGAAGCUUAGUGCAUUGUGUUUCCUAUGCACGGCUCAAUAGAUGUUCAUCCUUCUUGAUGCUUGUUGGAGCCAGCAGUGUGGAUGCAGUUGGUCACAGCAGAGGAGAGCAUCAUUCAACAGACACAGAGUGUGGACGGCAGUCAGCGCAGCUAGUCUCUCAGGGUUAAUGUGUCAGAGGCUGUACUCACUGCAGUGUCACGGGAAGCCACUAUAGCCCAUCCAGACCUGAAGGACUUACAUUCUGGUACAGCGGAGAGGACAGAGCAAAGGAACAGGCCCUGGUCACAAGAGCUGGCAGAGGCCUGCUCAGGUAUCCACACUCAUACUCAUACCUAACACUGUCAGGUGACUGCAGUGGCCUUCCCAGGGGCUGAAGUCUGGCUCAUUUCAGGAAGCACUUAGGACGCAGACUCACAUAUCUGGCUUUAGUCCAUGGCAGCAAUUUAAAGGAGACAAAUACUCAUUCAGUGCUUGCAGAGUAUAUUUAAUCCAUGCAAGUCCUGUAAGGCAGAAAGUAGUCAACGUGGAUGUUAAUCAGGUCCAAGGGUAUUAAGCUUAAACAGUGAACACUGGGAUUUAAACCUAGAGGGGACCCUUUUCCCUUUCUAUACCUCAUGGUGGCCCCUAGAAAGUGAAGAAUGUACUUGCUUCCCUAAACUAGCAGUCCUCACACUUCAGUUUACCUAAGUCAUCUGGAGCAUAAAAACUGGAUUUCUAGACUUGAGAGACUGACGCAGCACAGGAAGGCCUUUUAGCAAGCACGGCACGUAACUGAGAUGCAGGUGACGGUGGAUGAACUCAAUUUGAGAACACUGCUUUAAGUUUGGAGAAGCACUCCCGCUGUUUUUUUUCUUUCCUUCAAGUUUCACAUGAUCACAGCCCCUCAGGGAAUCUCCCUUCUACUCGGGUUACUUGUUAACCCUACCAGUUACACAUACAUCAUCCUCUCUCUGGUUCAUCUUUCAUCAUGGGAACUCUUCUCCUGUUCCCCUGGCAUUCUAAAAAGCCAGCUUUCUGGAAUCCCAAGGAUUACCCACAACACCUGCUAAGCGUUCUAGUCUGUACUUCCCUUAUACUUCGAGUUGUUUUUAAACAUAUUCACACUCGUUCUGAUUCUGAACACAUCCCCUUGUGGAAGGCAGAGCAGCUGUCAUCUUACAGGGUAUGCGGCUUGUCCAUGGUUAGACAGACAGAUGGGAGGAGGCACUAGCAAGCUUAUCCCACGUGCAAGUCCAGCUGAGAACUCGGGGUUUCGUUCCCCUCCCGAAACCUACCUUGGCCCGUGCCCAUGUCCCAGACACCUCAACAAAUCUAUUCAAUGCAGAAUCCAUGAAAUAGCUCACACCCCAUUUAUUAUUUAAAAAUAUUUUGUUACAAAAGGAAAAAAAUACAAUGCAGUAUAAAAGAUUGACAGCGUCAUCAAGUUUAUUACACAAUUUUCAACCUAUCAGAAAGACAAACAAAUCACCGACAACAGGGGGACGGGGCCUUGACCUUUUGGAGGAUUGGGUUUUUUUUUCCUUUUGCUAUCAGGAAAUAAAACUAAAAAAUGUGUCAUUGAGUAAAAACAAAACAAAAAUGGGGAGAAAAAAAAUUCUCCGGGUAAACGGCUUUUCCGGUAUUCUAUAUAUCUUUUUUCUCCUUAAACUGUCACCGUACUUGGUUUUUUCUACAUUAAAAAGACACCCGGAGCUGCUCUUGUUGAUAAGCACAUCACUGAACACUUGGCCGGCUGGGCGGGGUGCCAUAUUCUGAAGUGGAGGUGGGGAUGGGGUUGGGCGACAGGGGAAAAAGAGUUACAAACCUGUAGCCUCUGUCCCAAGGGAAUGUGCCUCUCCAACCCUGGGGAGGGGGCUCCCUCAGUGCCGCGCUGAGGGCUGUGUCAGAAACGUGCAGGGAACAGAGGGAGGGUUCAAUCCAACUCAGUCUCCCCUCUGAGCCAGAAGGGUCUCUGGUGACCCUACAACUCACAUGCCACGUCUCAUGUUAGAUGUCAUAUGCCCUAGAGAUGCAUGCAGAAGUAGCAUCCGUCGCCCCAUGGGUACUGCAGGACCCUGUUGCUGCCGCUUCCUCCAGCAGCAACCACAUCACAAUUUGGAUGUCAUGGGAAAAGCAAUUCCAUUUGCCUGUGUAGAAAAUGACCCCCAGAGUGGUGGUCCUUAGAACUCUGAGCUGAGCUCAUUCAAGUCAGGCUCCACUUCUUCCUUGCUCCUUAUCAGAGGCAGCAAGUACCUCCAGGCAGAGCGAGGGGAGCUAUUAAGUCAAUAGUCAAAAGCUGGAAAAAUACCAAAUUUGUGACUUUACCUACUAGUGCCAGGUUAUCCCACAAUAAGUAAAAGUAUGUACCUGGAGGAUGCAAGCCCAUGCUCACAUCAAACCUGAAAAAAGAAAAGCCUAUGGAAGUAGGCCAUAUCCUGCCCAACUUGCCUCCUUCCCCACUCCUAGUACUUCACAAGCGUUCUUCACUGCUGAGGUCCGAUAUCCCCAACUCCCAAUGGCAGUACCUUCCUCUAAAACAAGGAAGCAGCCUUCUUGGGGGAAGGGCUCCACAUGUGAAAUGGAGAAGCCCCAGGGAAAGGGAACACCUAGUGGAGCUGGUUAUUGCAAGAGGCAACCAAGCAAGAAGCAGUAGAGGGUGGCAAUUGGCUCUGCCAGGCUCCCCAGCGGAAAGCAACCUCACGGGCCUUCUCUGCUUAGGAGAGGCAAGUCCACUGAGGAGGCUGGGCAGCAGGGAGUUAAAAGGGUGCAGCCCUCUGGGAGGCCAGGGAAACAAACCGUCAAUACGUAAGGGGGAAAGCAAGACAGGAGCAGCUUUCCACAAGGUAAUUUCUGUUCUCAUGGUCCCUCCACAAAGGGCUGGGGAGGUAAAGGAGUUCAACAAAGAAGUGGUAUGUUAGCAAGGGGUUUGGACCCUCUUGGCCCCAUCAAAACAUAGUGCUGAGGGCAGGACCCUGGGCAUAUUUUGGCACACCUGGUCACUCUCCUACGGAUCCCACAGGAGGAUCCGUUUUCUUUGGGAAGGAUGUCUUCCCAUCAACCUCACACUGAACUCCUCCUGGAGAAUCAGAAACUCUUAUGUUUCCUUGGACAAAGCACCGUUCUCUAUGGAGACCAGGGACCUGGACAGGGUUUCCUCCUGUGUGCCACCCUCCCAACCAGAUGAAAUCUUUAAGUUCUUUACCCUGGCAAACAGGAGUGGGACUGGGAGGGCUGCCAGGCAGUCUUCAAUCCUGUAGGGCAGAGGGUAUUCCCUGGGGGUCUGGAGGGGGUUAGGGGCUUGGAGGAAGGGGAAGGGGUGGAGCGGCCUCCGUCCUUUAGUCCUGAUCAAGGUGAGGAGAUGCAAGUCCAUUAAAAAAACAUUUGCUUCCAACCAGACUCCUGCAAUGAGAACAUCAGGAGAGAAGAAAGAAAACACAAGUCAGAGGUUACUUGCCAAUUAACAGGGGCUUGUAUAAAUUAACACUAGCAUUUUCUAAAGCGACAAUGUAUAAAGUAGGGGAUGUAGACAGAAUACAAGCCUAGGAAAGGAAAAGACAGCAGAACUGUCUGGGAGUGCCUGGCACUGUGAGUAGUGAAGGAAUGGUUGGAGGAGAAGCUACAGUGACUAGAGGGGAAAAGAAGGACAUCUUAUUUGAAGGCUGGGGGAAAACAAUCAAAUGAGGUAGCAAAGCAGUUGGUCUGAAAAGGAACUUGGGCUGGGAAAGUAUGGAAGCUACUACAUUUCAGGAAAAGUUGCCAUAAAGGAGCAUGGUGAGUUUAAAUACUGUUUCAGAAAACCUAUUCUGAGCAAUUCAUGGCUUACCUUGAGGGGAAGGGGAAAAAUCUGGAAGUGGCAGGUACAAUGGCAAGAAAACAAUCCAUCAACCCCUGAACUCCUGAGAGGCCCCAGCAGAGAGCAUGUACUUACACAGGAAAACUCCUAAACUCUCUUUCUUCUUUUCAAGAAGCAUGCACACACAGAGCCAGAGAAGUUCUAAGCUGUGCUAAAACUCAAGAGAUUUUAAGUCUUUCCCCAGACAACAGCUAUGGGUGAGGGACCAAGGAGCCUAUCAAUACCAAGCAGGAGUGAUCUGGCCACGCCACAACAGAAAACAGAGCACAGAAAGAAAAUGAUUAGCAGUCACCGUCCAAGAAACCUAAAAGCGGAGUUCCCGUCAUGGCGCAGUGGUUAACGAAUCCAACUAGGAACCAUGAGGUUGCGGGUUCGAUCCCUGCCCUUGCUCAGUGGGUUAACGAUCCAGCGUUGCUGUGAGCUGUGGUGUAGGUUGCAGACGCGGCUCAGAUCCCGCGUUGCUGUGGCUCUGGCGUAGGCUGGUGGCUACAGCUCUGAUUAGACCCCUAGCCUGGGAACCUCCAUGUGCUGAGGGAGCGGCCCAAGAAAUAGCAAAAAGACAGAAGAAAAAAAAAAAAAAAAAAAGAAAGAAACCUAAAAGCAGUUAAGGACUUCUGCUGAACAGUUAAGUGCUGUUUAGUCACUUGCACAUCUCAACCAAAGCUCAGGUCCCUAGUACCCUUGGCCCUUGUUCCAAUGCUGCAGUAUCAAUCUGCAAGGGGUGGCCUGAUCCAUCUUAGCAAAUAAAAUGACUGACAGCAAAAAGGAGAAAGGGGGAUUAAACUCAGGCUUAGGAUUUCUAGUAAUGCCCAAACUGGCAACAUAGCCUAUGCUAUAGUUUCUGUAACCUGGAGGAGCUAGCCAAGAAAACAUGCAUCCAUCAGCCGCCUGAUCCUUCUACACCCUGAAACGGUACUAUUUCAGCUUAAGGUCCUCAGAAUCUGUCAUGGCCUCUGAAUUUUCUGAACAUCUAUGCAGGCAGUAUCUUUCACUCUAUUUCAAGCAGGAUAAUGUCCUAAAAUAAAGAAUAUCCUCACACUCUAAAGCAUACACACAUAUACCACAAGAGAGAUGUAAUUUGGGAACUGUUCCUACAACACAAAACUCAGAGGAUAACUAAUGCAUCAGAAGUAAGCUACAGUUGACCCUUGAACAAUAUGGCUUUGAACUGUACUGGUCCACUUGCACGCACAUUUUCUUUUUUCCAACAAAUACCUACUACAGCACUACACAAUCAGAGGUCAGUUGAAGCUGUGAACUGCAGAAAUGGAAGACGGACUGUAAAGCUAUACUCAGAUUUUCAACUAUGCAGAAGUCAACCCUCCUAACCCCCAUGCUGUUCAAGGGUCAACUGAAGUGCACCCAGUUCUUAGAGGUUAUGGCUCCCAUUUUGGUGCUCAUGUGUGAAUGCAGACAGGAGGCCAAAGUGAGUCCGACUUCAGGCCCCAAAGGUGGUGCCCAUCCUGAGGAAGCACUGACAAAAAGGUGCUAUUCUUUUGCUGCCUCGAGAUGGAACACACCCUUGGCUCUCAGGGAACACCUGUCCAUACACUAUAAAUACUAUUAUUUUCUAACUAAAAGGUGUUAUACAUAGAGCUUGCAAAGUUCUCAAGGUAAACAAGGCCUAGGCACCAUCGCCUCAUCUUGAAAUCUAAAAUCACAACUUGCUAAAUGCAGAUGGAAUUAGGCAUCCCAGUCUGAGAAUGUGAGAAAUCGACAUUUUUGGGGUGUCAGAGUCAGUUCUGCUGGACUCGUUAUGCAGAUGCAAUAACCAACAUACCUAGAGGGUGACUAGAAAAAAAUGGGGAAUUAGAAACCUCUUCAAGAGUUAACUUCCUCGUCUGUCACAGGCCCACACCAGCCAAAUGACUGUUGGCUGGGAACUACUGGGUUAUAGGAUUUUUAUCCGAAUUGAAUCAUCCUUAUGUUGCAAGAAACAGUCCAAUUUUAUAGGUGGAAAAAUGAAAGUCUCAUGUUCAAGUGUUCAAUCCCCAAAGUACUGACCAAUGGAUCUCACAAUUUGUCUACCAAAAGGCUGUUAGGAGUAAAGCCAGCAGGAAAAGUGACAUGCAGUUACAUGUUCCAACUACUAAGCUGAGUGCAGCCCGAGACUACAAUUGAUGCUUUGUACCUACUAAGUAAUACCUCCCCGGAGACUCUUAUCCUAUCAGCUCCAAAGGACACACACGGUAGGGCUGCAGGAUUGGAGGAGGGUAGUGAUUGACACCGAACCCUCAGGCAACACCAGAAACUGUGCUAUAGCUCAAACAAGGAGGGAGUGCUGCUACUGCUACAGAAGGGAUGAGACUGGUCAAAGUCCUACACUAUCCACCCUGCCCACUCCCUGAGACCGAAUUGUGCUCCACCUUCCUUGGAGUCUGAUUUCUGGAGAGGUGGGCACCUCUCAAAACUUAACCUAUUGCAAAUUUAGAAAGAAGUAUCCAGAAUCCACAGCGUGUUGAUUUUCCAAGGGGUAUCCAUCACUUUCAUGAUGUCAACCACCCCUAGACUGUGUGGAAUAAAUGAAUGGUUUAAGAACAGAGAAGGGAAAGAGUUCCCACUGUGGCUCAGUGGUAAUAAACCCAACUAGUUCCAUGAGGAUGCAGGUUCGAUCCCUGGCCUCGCUCAGCGGGUUAACAAUCCAGCAUUGCCUUGAGCUGCAGUCUAAGUUGCAGACAGGGCUUGGAUCCCAAGUUGCUGUGGAUGUGGCUACAGUUGGCAGCUGUAGCUCCAAUCCGACCCCUAGCCUGGGAACUUCCAUACGCCAAAGCCCUAAAAAGCAAAAUAAAUAAAUAAAUAAAACACCCAAAAAACAAAACAAAACACACACACACACA